AUGCAAUCACGGCGGUACUUGCGGACAACCUGGGGGGAAGCACAGAUCAAACCACGAAUGGGACAUACAUUUCCGAUAACAGUUACGCCUGAGCAAGUCCGGACUCCAUCAUCGGAAGACUUGAAUCUGGCCAGCUUUCUAGCCUCUCUUACAUCUGACGGUGCGCAAGACUUUCAAAGAAAGGAUAUGGAAUUGGCGGAGAAGAUGCUCAAGAAGCAGAUUGAGCGAGAAACCCGGAGGCGUGAAGAUCAGCUCAACUCCAGUAUUCUAGCUACGACACAGCCGUCAACCACAAAUACUGGCCGACCAGAUAACAGACCGCCACGAAAAGCCCAGAAAGCCUUGGUUUUGGACCCCGAUUGGGAAGCCGUUGCUCUUGCUCAGAUCACAAAAGAAAGCAUGAGUUUAGACAAGGAGUGGUCACAAAACACCUGGAACAACAAGUCGAACAUGUUCCACAGGUUGAAGCUUCUCAAGGAUGAUGGAUAUGACAUUGCUCCUCUGUUGACUUUGACUAGUGCCGACCUGACAGAGGUGGUUCUCGCACAUGUGGAUGCGCGAAGGCAGCGAGGGGCACGGCCAAAUCCAUCGUCGCUGCAUCAAUCGAUAAAAGCAACACGUGCAUCGAGGGUGACGAGACGACCAAAGUCCAUUCUGGAUCCACGGUCAGCGAUGAUCGUCAGUCCCCAGGACGAUCGGUUCUUCGCUGCAACUUUGCGAUAUCGUCCCGCGCUUUCGCCGUCAUUGAAGCGCAAGCAAACUCAACUUGACGAUGCUGAGUCUCUCAACACAUCGUCGCAAUGGUGGUAUCUCGAACCGACUUCUCCAAGUGUGCAGCGCGGACCAAAGAGAAGGCGUGCCAACAAGAUCACCGCAGAGGAGCAGAAGAAGCAAGCUAGAGAUGCGGUCCGAAAGAAUUUCGUUCAGUCAGUCUUUUCGUCUUCGUGUUCGGAGGCCGCGACGAAUGACAAAGCUUCGGUGUCCACAGUCCUCUUCUCCACUCCGGACUUCGGGAUCAACACACGACUCGCUCACAACGAUUCGAUUUCUGGAGCUUCAUCUCGAUCUUCCUCAUCAACGCAUGCUGAUACCAACAAAACCCUCAUGAUGGACUCGCGAGGCUUCGAGAACAUGAUGGACGAACUUCGGUUUCUGGCAGAUGCUGGGGGCAACGUUCGCCAGUUCACCAUCAAAGAUGUGAGUGUGCGGGAUAUCGCUGAGGACAACAAAGAUGUGCAGAUGCUGGACGUCGACGUGGACACCGAUACUACGUCCGACACCCACCAUCAACUCCUCGUUUUCGCAAAUACACAUCAAGAUACUGUCAUCCGUGGGAAUACAGAGGCAUUGAUAGCCUUGAUGUCGAGAAUGCGAAACCACGACCUCACCUACAAUGCCGAUAUGAGCCAAAUCGGGCUGGAUCUUCGUACGCAUGGCAUGUCAUGGUCGCUGAGUAGCAACACACAGACAGUGUUGGGGAAGAUCGAGGAGCAGUUGAAGACCGGCGUUAGGAAAUACGGAGUGGAGGUGCGCGUGAAUGUGUUUUACGGUGGGAUAAGGUGUUUUGCGCCGUGA